AGAGUUACUCCAAUAUUACCAUCAAUUUACAUUGCUUCCCAUUCUCUGGAAAAAAACGAAAACCCUAGCUUCUGUGAGCAGCCGUCGAGUUCCAGCCAGCUCCGAAAAUGACGUUCAAGAGAAGGAACGGAGGUCGCAACAAGCAUGGACGUGGCCACGUCAAAUUCGUGCGUUGCUCCAACUGCGGCAAAUGCUGCCCCAAGGACAAAGCCAUCAAGAGGUUUCUUGUGAGGAAUAUUGUUGAGCAAGCAGCUGUUAGGGAUGUGCAGGAAGCUUGUGCUUUUGAAACGUACACUCUGCCUAAGCUGUAUCUGAAGAUGCAAUAUUGUGUAUCAUGUGCCAUCCACUCAAAGGUGGUUAGGGUCCGCUCUCGAACUGAUAGGAGGGUCCGUGAGCCUCCACAGCGAUUCAGGCGCCCAAGGGAUGAUGCUCCAAAGCCUGGUCAAGCUCCACGGGUUCCUGGAGCUGCUCCGACAGCAGCAGCUCGUACUUGAGUGCCUGCUGUUUUGAUCAUGUUGUUUAGCUAUAAUGUGAAAGUGACUAUGAAGUUUUGUUAUAUAUUGUGGUUUUGAGUACUUUUUGGUUCAGUUUAAUGGGACCAAGUACUAUUUAUGGCAUGAAAUUCUGGCUGGAGAAUAGAGAUUUAAGUUCUAUGAAUUUAAGCAUUUUCUGUUUGCUUUGAGAUA